AUGAACUCCCCCACACCCUCUCGUAAGGCUGGACCAUCUCGUCGACCUACUCACACCCCAACACCUUCAACUCCCCCUCGACCAAUUCCCAUCACUCCUGAUCAUCCCAACCCUUCACGCAAAGGUUCAGCAGCUCUUUCCACUACUGACCGUCGAGCUCGACGAGCUCAACUACGUGACUUUUACGGUCUACCAGGCGAUACGCCUCUCAGUGUUUCAUUUUCUCCAAAAGGCGGUAGAAAGAAAAUUGAUAAAGCUGAGGAUAAGGAAGGUCAGAAUCAAGGGAAAUUUAACGCUACGAUAUAUUAUGAGAACCUGAUCUCCCGUGCGGACCUAGCCGAGCUCAUGGGGACUGCUUCUAAGUUGAAUAAUGAAAUCGCUGGUUUACAUAGUUCUGUAAAUUCGUUAGUCUACAACCAUCAUCAUCAGUUAUUCGCUGCAGGAGACACUAUUGCAGUUCUAAACUCCCGUACUCCCCAACUUUUAUCGAUAGUUACAAACCUUCAAGAUAGCUUUUCUUCAAUUUCUCAAUUGGUAGACUCUAUCGCUCUUCCGGAAAUACCACAAGAGCCUAUCGAUCCGGUCAAGGCGGGCAUAAGGAGAAUACGUUUGAUGGUCAUUGCUGAGGGUAUGUCAACUUCAUCUCACCCCCUCUGCUUUAUAACAUAUUUAUACUCCCAUCUUCUUCAUGUCCAAUCAAGUCAGGCAACGCAAAGUGACGAGUACACCGCUGAUCGUAGAAUCACCUGA